AUGAUAGAUGGGCUAAUAAAAUGGUUAACAAAACCAGAAAUAAAAAGUAAUAAAAAAAUUAGAUUAAGAUCUAUACCCAAAACAGAAAAAGAAUGGUUUGAUUUAAUGGAAUCAAAAGAUAAUGAACCUAAUGAUCCAGAAUCUCAAGUUUAUCAUUUUCUAGAUUUGGAUAUAGAAGUAUCUUGGCUAGUCUCAUUUUCAGAAAAUGAAAAGCAUCAUGAACCUAUUCAUGAAUCAAAAAAGACAAAUGGAAAAUACGUCAGAGAUGGUCAUAUAUUUAGAACAUGGAAAAAGCAUACAGAAAUUAUAGAAGCAUGCAAACAAUUGGUUAAUGAUACAAUAGAUUGGCAAUUUCAGGAAGAAAUAAUCAAUGAGAAAAAGAAAUCAAUUCUUUCAGAGUCUCUCAAAGUAGUUGACUUAGUAGAACAAGCUUCAAUAGUAUUAUUACAAUAUCUUCUUGAAACUGGUAUUCCAGAAGACUUAACUAUUGGGGAAGCAAUUAUCUCUCUUACAUGGCAGACUAAAGUAUGGUUACCAAAAAAUCAAAAUAUUAGUUGUACAAUUAUAGAUGAAAGUAAACUUAAUUUCUUAAUAAAAGAUUGUACAGAUGCUAGAACUUUUGCUAGAAGAGAAAGAUAUCUACUCAGAUUUAUACUUACAUAUUUUGAGGGUCAUCAGCCUCAGUAUACAUAUUUGUGGGCUUCAAUAUUAGCAUAUGCACAUAUUAAUUUGUUAGAGAUGCUUUGGAGAUUCAAUCCUAAUGAAGUAGUAAGGAUUGCUACAGAUUUUAUAUAUAUACGAAAAGAGGCAUUAUAUAAGAUCAAAAAUAUACCGGCAUUCUUUAACCAAGUUGAGGUAAAGUCAGAUCCAAAUUUAUAUUCAUACUAUCCUUCUUGUGCAAUAUGUAGUGAUCCAGAAAAAUUUCUUAUUUCAAAAUCAGAAUAUACAAAAUGGAUUAAAGAGUUUCUAAAAACAAAAAGGUCUCUAGCAAAAUAUUAA